AUGGAUCCCUACGGCAAGCAACCAGCUCCAGCUAGACCAGCAACCAAUUUCGAUAAUAAUAUCAGAUUACAAUCAUCUUUCACCUCAAAAAGAAAUGACAGCUUGCAAGCUCAAUCCGAAGACAAUUUUGACGAGUCGAGUUCAACUACCUCACUGUCAACUAUCAGCAAAGUAAUAAAAUGCUUGAUAUCCCGAUGGCAUGCUAGUUGUCAUAAUCCAUAUAUUGAAAUUGAAGAGACACUUGACUGGCGUUGCGCUCGUUGUGUCAAGAAAUACGUUCCGCCGUCAAAAGAGCCUCCGUCAGAGGAGGAAUCGUUAGGCAGUGUCUGUGAAAUUCCUGGAUGUAACAAGACAAUCUACAGCAUGUUCGGUAGAACCAAACUAGAUAGAGUCCUGUGUAAGCAUCAUGAGAUGACAGAGCGAAGCGAGAAGUCAAAGCUUGCUACCAAAGCACAGAUAUCAGCCUUGUCAAGGCCAGUCUCGAAACUCAUCAAGAAAUCAAAACUUUACCCAGUUAAGUACGAUGAGGACAUGCAGGGAAUGAAGCGUAAACCAGGUAGAAAGCCUGGAGAUAUGAAGAGUGCACCAAUGCCUUUAACCCGCCUCCCUGUCCAACCAGCAUUCAAUAAUGAACCAACUGCGAGACCUGGAGGAAUUUCAAAACUGGAGAACAUACUAGCUGCACGAAGCGAUUUGCAUCCCCAGCCUGACAUGGCUGUUCGAGGAGCGCUACGUCCCCGGACUAACAACUCAGCUCGGAUUCCAAUAUCUACAAGCAUCACACAAUCACAGUCGAAAUCGGACAACUCCACUAAUACGAUUGGUGCCUUCAACGUACCUAAACUUCAAAAUCGAACCAUACCCUCACCAUCACCAGAAUAUGAACCUCCGUCACCAGCUAAUUUCGACGAUAAUACCAUUCAUUCGCCGGAAUACGAACCGGAAUACGAGCCUCCAUCGCCAGUAAAAGUUGACAAUAAUGCCAAUUUUUGGCAGUCUGACGUUGGACAAGACGACAGUCCUGGAUCUCAGAUCAAAGACGAGUUCCGAGCUAUGCAGGAAAAUGCAAAAAAUAUUGUGACCGAGUCUGCAAGUGCAUUCGCUCAAGGAAUCGCAUCUCCAUUCGUUUCACCUUCGCAUGCUAGAAGCAUGCCUGAGUCAAUAUUCGCCUUUGUGGGCAGUAAGAAGCCUGUUGACAAAACUCCCCUGCUUGGCUCAGAAAAGGCUAUCAGGGCAUCCUCUACAGUCCCUUAUAUGCCUCUAAUCUCAGAUGUAUCUUCGACCACGAAUACAUUAGAUGCACUGGUAUCGAACACAACAAAAGACGUGUGGCCCCCUGAUUUGGAAAGCUCAAACCGUCAAGUACUACGACUAGCUAAGAAACGCAAAGCUAGUCCACAGGAGGACCAAGAAGCUGAACCAGAUUCUGCAAAGCAGACAGUAAUUAAGCAUCUAAAUCAACAAAAUCUCAAUGAUACGAUGAAUGCACUUACAACUCCUCAACCUCAGGAAAAGUUCCCCGAGCCAGAACCCACAGCUCCAGAGUUGCAGCAAAAGGGACCGAAACAAAAAGAGACAAAUCACACAGCGCCACUCUAUGGCGACUACAAACCCCACACUAUCGAGUAUCAGCGUCAAAUACGAGCCCAGACCUACGAUCCCAGCGUCCUCGACCAUUAUCUUAACCUACAAAUGAAGUACCAAGCUCGGGCCGAGGUCGAAAGAGAACAGAACAUUACGCCCCAAGCAGACAUCGCUGCCAAAACACAAAUUUGGGGUACCAUCGAUCCUCGAAUCGUCUGGCCCAAAGAACAACCUGAAGGUUGGUACGAAGCUAAACGUAAGGAGAUUGAUGCACGUGGUGGAAAGAAAGCGAGAUUCGGGAUAUUGCUUACGGCGCAAGUGAGAAAGGAGAGAAGUGAUAGGGGCUGGCAUCCGAAUCAGAAUAAAGAUUAUGUCCCCAAAGAGGAGAGGAAUGACGCAUCGAUCUUUGUAGCAAAUGAGGGUAACUCGGGUAAAGGAGACUUGGCGAUCAAAGGUGGAAAAUUGGGGGUUCUUGUGCCGGUAAAGAGCAAGGAAGGGAAGGUAAAAGCAAAGCAGAAUUUUUUUCCCGGGUGA